CCUCUGUCACAUUUGGGUUGCCUGCAUGUGUGUGUUUAAACAGCUCAGGUGACUGCACUGUAUAUAUGUUUGUGUUUGAAAACUUAUUAGUGUGCUUGAUUUUGAAAUUAAUACCAUGUUUAUUUCCAUUUCUUUCAAUCUUAAAUGAACAUGGAUGUGACUAUAAAUUAUAUACAUAAAUAAAGGCUAUUACCUUGUCAUUUUCUGAGAGUGAGAACAUAAAGCUGGGAUUUUGAAUGAGUUUGAAAUGAAGGCUAAAAAUGAAUUAGGUUUAAGGUCUUGGAUCCUUUUCAAAGGUCCAAAAUAAAAGACAUGCAAGUAAACCAUUCAGUCUGAUAAUCGCAGGUAUCAGGUUAGGUGUGCUGAGAUAGUCAUUGGUUAUCUUAUUUCAAAUUGUGGUCUACACACAUUUAGGUCCUGCCUUCUCAUCAUUCGCUAUAUGUUUCUUCAUGGAAGCCAAUUAAAGCCAAUCAUGAAUUAGAGUUUCACUCCAGUAGCUUUGAGACAAUAGCUUUGUUGUUUCCAGUGAGGGGAAACUGCAAUCAGUGUUUUACAACUCUACCCAAGUCUGUAAUUACAGAGUUUUGUUACAAGAGGAAGGACUGCACAUUUAAAGACCCUUUGUUGAAAGAAAUUUGUUUUCCUAUUGGUUUUCAGCUGUGGAAGGCUUUAUAAAAAUGCCUAGACGUUGUAGGAGACUGAUGAAUACUGGUCAAAACCAUGAUGAGAUCAGCUGAGCUGAGCUCAGAGAUUCUUAAGGUUUUUUUUCUGUAGAGACUGCAACAUAAAAUGAUCUUUUGAGAGAAAAAAAAGAGAAAACCGGCUAAAUGGACCAGGAUAUUGCGAUCAUUGGAAUUGGAUGCAACUUCCCAGGAGGUGAGGGUGUUGAUAAUUUCUGGAAAGUUCUUGUGGAGGGCAGGAACUGUGUGGUACAGAUUCAAGAUGAAAGAUUUGAUACAUCAGAGUGGUUUCAUCCUGAUGAGAGUAAACCAGGAAAAACACAGACGACCAAAGCUGCUCUCAUUGAAGGAUUCAAUGAGUUUGAUCACAAGUUCUUUGGCAUCAGUGAUGCUGAAGCUGAUUUCAUGGACCCUCAGCAGAAACUGUUGCUGCAGUGUGCAUAUCGAGCUCUAGAGGAUGCUGGGAUACCCAUGGAAAAAGUGAGCGGAACCCAAACAGGAGUUUACAUAGGUCUUAUGAACAGGGACUAUGAAACACUUUUAAACAACAGUCCAAGCACAAUAACUCACUAUAAUGGCACAGGAACAGCUAUGAGUAUAGCUGCCAACAGAAUUUCCUAUAUUUUUAACCUGACUGGACCAUCUUUUGCCAUUGACAGUGCAUGUUCUUCAUCCCUAGUCGCCCUUCACUCUGCGUGUCAGGCCAUCAGACAAGGGGACUGUGAAAUGGCUCUGUGUGGAGGGGUCAGCUGCAUACUUGAGCCUCGAGUCUUUGUGGCCCUCAGCAAGGCAAAGAUGAUCUCACCUGAGGGCACAAGCAAACCAUUCUGCCGUACUGCAGAUGGCUAUGGCAGAGGGGAGGGGUGUGGUAUAGUCUUACUGAAGCCUUUGAAAAAGGCUCUUGAGGACUUUGAUCAUAUUUGGGGCAUUGUGAACAAGACUGCAGUAAACCAAGAUGGCCACACCGUCACACCAAUCACCAAACCUUCCAUGCCCCAACAGGAGGCUCUUCUUCACAUGAUCUACUCCUCCGAGAAUUAUUUAGUAAAUGUCCAGUAUGUAGAAGCUCAUGGGACUGGAACACCAGUAGGAGAUCCAGUUGAGGCAGGAAGUAUCUCAAAAAUCAUCGCCAAAGAAAGACCUUCAAGCUCAGGGCCUCUGUUUAUUGGCUCUGUUAAGAGUAACAUUGGACAUACAGAAUCUGCAGCAGGUGUGGCAGGACUCAUAAAGAUUCUCUUAAUGAUGAAGCACGAAAUCAUUGUCCCCUCUGUGUUCUACUCAGCACAAAAUUCCAGCAUAGAUGCUAAAGCUCUCAAUCUUAAAAUCCCCACUAGAGCUGAGAAAUGGCUGUACUCUGGAUCCAGGAAAAGGAUGGCUGGAUUAAACAGCUUUGGGUUUGGUGGCACCAAUGCCCAUGCUUUAAUCAGCGAGUAUGUUUAUGCUACAGCCCCCGACAGGCACAAUCUUGAACCUCUAAAACUGCUUCCACUGUCUGCAGCCACGGAUCAGUCUCUUCAGUUGUGCAUAGCUGACACGUAUCAGAGGAUUUUGGUAGAUGAAACAGUUGAUCUACAAGCUCUUGCUUAUACAGCUGCCUGCAGAAGAAGCCACAUGAAACACAAAUUUAGGAAAGUCUUCACUGCAUCAUCUCUAUCAGAGUUAAAAUCACUACUCGAAGCUAGUAUGAACAAGAAAUUAGCCCCAAUAAAGCAGGACCUAAAGUUAGUUUUUGUAUUUUGUGGAAAUGGCGUUACUUACAGGGGAAUGUGUAAGCAGCUACUGAAAGAAGAACCAGUUUUUAGGGAAAAGGUCAAAGAGGUGGAAAACUAUUUCCAGAAGUUCAGAUGCACCAGUAUUUUGCAAAAGAUCACAAGCAGCUAUGACAAUGAAGAUUUCUCAAAACCAAAUGUUGUCCAGCCACUUCUUUUUGCAAUUCAGGUUGCAAUUGUUCACCUUUUGAAGCACUGGGGCAUCAGACCAGAUAUUGUUCUUGGACACUCAGUUGGAGAGGUUGCUGCAGCUCAUUGCUCUGGUCUGCUGUCUCUUGAGGAUGCAGUAAAGGUUGUCUACCAUCGCAGCAAUCUACAGACCAAAGUGACGGGUGGGAGGAUGCUGGUCAUUGGUAACAUUGCUGUCCCAAAUAUUCUGGAAAUCCUCCCUGCAUACACAGGAAAGAUCUGUGUAGCUGCUGUGAACAGUCCUAUGUCAUGUGUGCUGUCAGGUGAUAAAGAAGCUAUUGAUAUUGUGCACCAAAAGCUUCAGUCUUUUAAGAGCAAGAACCUGUUCCUUCAUGUCUUAGAUGUUCCUGCUGCCUACCAUAGUCAUAUGAUGGAUCCUAUACUGGGCCAAAUCAAAGACAGCAUUGGACAUUUAACUCCAAAUGAAAUGGAGUGUGAACUGUUUUCCACCGUGACAGGAGAGAUGUGUAAUCAUGGGGACUUUGUAACAGGUGAAUAUUGGGCAAGAAACAUCCGAAAACCUGUUGCCUUUGAACAAGCAAUUAAAUUAGUUUCCAACCACACAAGGAACACAGUCUUUGUGGAAAUUGGUCCAAGACGGGCUCUGCAGAGGAACAUCAUGGAGAUCCUGGGAAAUGACACCACAGUGCUAACUUCAGUGCAUCCAGAUAAAGACCACGAGACCAUGUUCACCACUGUAUCAAAACUGUUUGAGCUGGGGGUCAAUGUGAAGUGGGACGAGUUCUACAAAGGGUUUGAAACAAAGCUUAUUGCUUUCCCAAAGUAUCAAUUUGAAUGGAAAAAAAAUGAGGUAUACUUUGAGGACGUAAGACGGGGAAAUGACACAAUCUCUCGCAGUCCACAUCCACUGAUAAGUCCAAGUAAACGUGAUGGCAAAGUGAUCAAGUGCAACCUGUCAACAGGUUCUACCUCCUUCCUUUGGGAACACAAGAACAAUGGCAUCUCAAUUGCCCCAGGGGCAUUGUAUGUUGAAUUGGCUUUUGCAUCUGUAAUGGAAACCGCAAUUCCAAAGAGGCCUCUUAAUUCAUUUCAGCUCACAAUCAACUUUCAAAGUUUGUUUGUUUUUACUAAAAACUGCCCUCCUCUGAAAAUCACAGUUGACACAUCAAAGGACGCAACCACAUUUCAGGUUCAGUCCUCUAGUACUGUGCAUGCAUCAGGCACCAUUAGCCAUGAAGGGGGACCCGCUAUGAUAGAACAGCAAACCAUUCACCUCAAUGCUGUUUUGGAGAGAUGUCCAUCAGUCAUUGAAGCAAAGGAUGUGUACAGCACUCUUAAUGAUGUAGGGUUUGAGUACGGGCCCAACUUCAAACAACUUGGUGACAUUCAUUACGGACAAGACUUCAUGGAAGCAGUGACCAGUGUCAGGAUUCCAGAGGGAGUACUCAAUCAUCUAUAUGAGUAUUGCUUGCACCCAGUGGUGCUAGAUUACUUCUUGCAAAUGUCCUCAGUUUUAGCAGUAGUCUCUAGCACCAUCAGGCCUGGAUUUCCCUCUGCAAUUGGUAGUAUGGUUAUAUCUGCACCUCCCCGUGAAAAGAUGUUCAUGUAUAUGAGACUGACCAAAGAAAUGCCAGACUACUUUGAGGUUUGUGGUUGUUUCACUGACAAAGAUGGACAUGUGUUGAUUGAGCUAAGAAAUGUCAGAAUUAAUUUUCUGGGAAGACAUGCACAGAUUAGGGAAUCAUGUUUCUUUUAUAACCAGAAGGUUGACAUUCAUGCUGAAAGCAGUUUCCCCAGUAGAAUCAAGGCUUUGGUCUUUGAGGACACCUUGGGCAUCGCUAAAGGUUUGGAGCCAUAUUUGCACCCAAAAUCUGUAUUUGUUCCUCCAUCCAAUUUAACAAAAAACUCAGCCUUACAGGUCCAAGAAUUACUGUUGAGGUCUUCAUGCAGUGCAGCAGACAUGGAACUGGAUGAGAUCCUGUUUAUCUGGGGUGCUCAGAAUAUUAGUCACCUCAAAUCUGAAGCCAUUCUAGAGUCCUUGGUAGACAGCUGUGAACUUUAUCGUCAGGUUGUUUUGUCUUUAAGAAGCUGCAGUCCUGUUCGUUCCAUCCGUGUCAUUACGUACAAGUCAGCAGAAGGAACAGUUGAAAGUAUAAGUUCUGGAUUUGUGUUAUCUGGCAUGACAAGGGCAUGUGCUGCAGAGUUGUCAGGCACUUCUUUCCAGCUCAUUGACCUUUCCACAGUGUCAACAGAGGAUAUAGAAGCACUGGCUCAUGUGCUUAACUCAUACAAAGCCCAAGAGUGUCCAGAAGUCUUCAUCAGCAAAGGGAAAGUUUACUCUGCUGUAAUAACUCAUACUCCUGUCACCACAGACACCACGAAGACUUCCCUACAGUCCCAGGACUUCACUUUGCAGACAACCAGUCCCUACAGGAUGACCGGCUUAUCAGCUUUUCCUUCAGCGAGUUCAGUCCACACCAUUGAAAGUAAAAAUAUUGAGGUUCAGCUGAGUAAGGUAUGUGUGCACUCUUCCGAUUAUUUUCCAGUUAGUACUUCAGACUUAAACUUUGGUCAGACGAUGUAUUGGAACAAGCACACAACACAGAACCAUGGUCUUCUGGCACUUGACUUCAGCGGGAUCAUUACAGCUGUGGGAAAGGAUGUCAGCAAACUUAAAGUGGGAGACCAUGUUGUCUGUUGUUAUCCUGUAAAAGCAACUUCCAAAGUUAUCCUCCCAGAAGAUGUGUGUUUCAAAAUGAAAAGGCUUCCAUUCCUAAAGGAUGCACCAUGUGUUUCAUACUUUGUCCUUAUCUGGGAGAUAUUGCAGUGUGUGCUACCCAAAUCCAAACAACAGCAAAGUUUGGGAAUCUUCUCUACUGAUCGUGACUCAGCCCUGAUCAAGUUAUUGACACUCAUAGCAAGGAAAUCAGGCUGGAGAGUUUUUACAGAGACUGAAGUAAGUGGAUUAGUCCAAAAUACAAAGCAGUGUCUUCUUUUUGUGAUUCUUCCUCCAUAUGAUUCCGUGCUUCUGACAGACAUUGUAAGAGUUGUCAAUGCAAAUCACAUCAUUGCAGUAUGUGGCAUCCGUGAGCCAUGCUACUCUACAGUAAAUGGAAUUCAGAGGGUUAGUGAGAGAACUUGCUUCCAAACACUUGAGAUGUCCAAAAUCUUCCAGAAAUCAGGUCUUAAGGCACACGGAGCUCUUCUACAGAAAUGGCUAAAGGGAAUGCACUUACACAAAGCAUGGCCAUCAAUACAAAGUAGUGCUUUUCAGAUGGCUUCCCCUCAAGGUAUUCCUCCUCAGUCGUUUGAACAGUCUGGGUCUUAUUUCAGUGCAAGCACUCUGGACGUGAUAGCUCUGGCCAGUGAUGAUACUAGGAGCAAGAUGUCUGCCAUCCCUUUGCUUCCAAGAACAAAGCAGCUGUUCUUAAAGAAAGGUGUGUACAUAGUUACAGGUGGUCUCUCUGGUUUGGGAUUUGAAACUGUUAAGUUUAUUGCCCACAGGGGUGGGGGAUGCAUUGCCACUCUCUCAAGGAGUGCACCAUCUGAGAAGGUACAAGAGGAAAUGAGCAGUCUCCAGAAGAGAUACGGGGUAAGAAUUCUCACUCUUCAGUGUGAUGUCUCUGUGUCAGAAGAGGUGAUGGAAGCCAUUACUGUGAUUGAAAAACAUUUUUUCCUAUGUCCAAUCAGAGGUGUGUUUCACAGUGCUGCUGUGCUACAUGAUGGAUUACUGGAAACCCUUGACAGAUCUCUUUUUCAAAAAGUCCUGCAACCUAAAGUCUGUGGUGCUCUUAAUCUUCACCUUGCCACUCUGCACAGCCAGACACUUGAUUACUUUGUGUGCUAUUCCUCGAUCUCCUCAUUCAUUGGAAAUGCUGCACAAGCAAACUACGCAGCAGCUAAUUCUUUUCUGGACACGUUUUGUCACUACCGACACAAUAUUGGACUUGCAGGCCAGUCAAUCAAUUGGGGACCCCUUAAACUGGGCCUGCUAAUGAACAAAGACGAUUUUCAAAAGUUCCUGGAAACAAAAGGGCUGAUGAUCAUGGAUGUGACCGAGAUCCACGAAGCACUAGAGCACUGUCUGUUAAAUAACAAUCCCCAGCAGGUGGUCUGCAAAUUCAAUUUCAGGAACCUGAAGAACCAUGUCUUUUCUCAGAAUGUGUCUCUGAAGUUUCGCCUGUCUGCUUUAGUGGAGGAAGAACUGAAAAACACCACAGUUGUUGAGUACUCCAGGAUAAAUGUUCAGUCAUCAGUGGAUGACUGUGUUAAAGGGAUUAUGACUGAAAUAUGCAGUGUUGAUACUGAUGAUCUUAAUGAUGAAACUGCGCUCACUGCACUAGGAAUUGACUCAAUGCUGGCCAUGACAUUGCAAAAUCGCUUGUUUCAAGAGAUAGGUGUGAAUAUUCCUCUUGUUGCUUUGCUUGAUCCAAGCAAUACACUAUCCUCAUUGGCUGAAUUGAUAAAACAGAGUUCAGAUGAGGACUGUGAGAUUUCUGUGCACCUGUAAUGCAAAGUUAUGUAUUUUGUCCAUAAGAUUGAAA